GACACGUCACUGUAUAGAACUCGAGGGAGAAAACAAUAGGAGGAUGAGUUUUGUAAGGGAAAACAUCAGUAAAAAAAAAAUUCUGUUGACGAGCAAGUCCAUGUUUCCACAAGGGGUCAAGGCUCGAGCAAUGGCCAGCUUAUUCCUUCAUCCCCUUCCUCUGAUAAAGCUGCAACGGCUGCUGAUAAAGUCUCUGCUCUUGAGAGCAGAGGUCUCAAAAAUUGAAACUAAAUGAGGGUGCAGGAGCCAAGAAAGAAGAAAAGGCAUUUUGAGGAUGCUGGGAUCCUUUGGCGUGGUCAACAGUAUGUUCCAGGUGCUGCCUUUGGCUCUCUGCCUUUUCACCAGAGUCAUGGCCGGAUUGCCAAUAGCACUGGACCCCUGCUCUGCUUACAUUAGCUUGAAUGAGCCCUGGAGGAAUACUGAUCACCAGCUAAGGGAGGAUGAUGGUCAACCUGCCUGUGACAGUCAUGUGGAUGGGGAAUGGUACCGCUUCACAGGCAUGGCAGGGGAUGCCAUGCCCACAUUCUGCAUACAAGAGAACCACUGUGGCACCCAUGCACCCAUCUGGCUGAAUGGCAACCACCCACAAGAAUCAGAUGGCAUUGUGCAGUGCCAAGCCUGUGCCAGUUUCAAUGGAAACUGCUGCCUCUGGAACAACACCGUGGAUGUCAAAGCCUGUCCUGGAGGGUACUAUGUCUACCGUUUGACGAAGCCCAGUGUCUGCUUUCAUGCCUACUGUGGCCAUUUCUAUGACAUCUGUGAUGUGGUGGACUGCCAUGGUACUUGUUCAGAUCCUGAAUGCACUUGUUCUGAGGGAACCGUCUUAGGUCCGGACCAACAAACCUGUCUGGAUGAAAAUGAGUGUGAACAAAACAACGGUGGCUGCAGUGAGAUUUGUGUAAAUCUGAAGAACUCAUACCGCUGUGAGUGUGGGGUCGGACGUGUGCUGGGAAGCGAUGGCAAAACCUGUGAAGACAUCAAGGGUUGUCAAAACAAAAAUGGUGGCUGCAGCCAUUCCUGCCUUGGAUAUGGAACAACUUACCAAUGUGUGUGCCCUCGAGGGUUGGUGCUAUCUGGAGACAAUCACACUUGCCAAGUCCCUAUGAGAUGCCAGUCAAAUGCUAUUGAAGUAAACAUCCCAAAGGACCUAGUUGGGGGUCUAGAGGUCUUCCUAACCAACACGUCCUGCCGAGGGGUAUCCAAUGGCACCCAUGUCAACAUUUAUUUCUCCCUCAAGACUUGUGGCACUGUGGUUGAGGUGGUGAAUGAUAAAAUCGUGGCUAGCAAUUUAGUGACCGGGCUCCCCAAGCAGAUGCCCGGCAGUAAUGGGGACAUCAUCAUCCGUACCAGUAAGCUGCUGAUCCCGGUCACCUGCGAGUUCCCUCGACUCUAUACCAUUUCAGAAGGCUACAUGCCCAACCUCCGUAACUCUCCACUGGAAAUCAUGGGACGGAGCCAGGGGGUCUUCCCUUUUACACUGGAGAUCUUCAAAGACAAUGAGUUUGAUGAACCCUACCGAGAGACGCUACCCACCCUCAAGCUGCGGGACUUGCUCUACUUCGGCAUUGAACCACUGGUGCAUGUGAAUGGGUUAGAAACCCUGGUGGAGAGCUGUUUUGCAACCCCUUCAGACAAGAUUGAUGAGAUCCUCAAAUACUACCUCAUCCGAGAUGGCUGCGUGUCAGAUGACUCAGUAAAGCAGUACACGUCCCGGGAUCACCUCACAAAGCACUUCCAAGUCCCUGUCUUCAAAUUUGUGGGCAAAGACCACCAGAUGGUGUUUUUGCAUUGCCGAGUCCUAGUCUGUGGGGUCCUGGAUGAGCAUUCCCGUUGUGCCCAAGGUUGUAACCGGAGGAUGCGACGUGAAGUAGUUAUGGACCAAGGAACUCACCUGCAGAACCACAUGCUAAGUAGUGGCCCAAUCAUCAUUGACUGGGAGGACUAGUAACAAAUCUGCCACUACAUUUUUGGU